UCUGUUUCUUUCAGAAUGAAAAUAACAAUCAAGUGCAAUAUGAAAGCGUUCCAAGCGCUGCCGACGAGCUUCCUACUAAUAAAGUCGCCAUGUGGAUGAUGAAGGUCGUAGCCCUUGGCUUCCUGCUUGCGGUGAAUGCGGCGGUCGAUAAGAAGCCGCCGGCCGACAAGAAGCCAGCGGAGGCGAAUAAACCGGCCCAGGCUGUGCCAGAGAAGAAGAUAAGUGAACAUGCCAACACGCUCGCAGACAAGACCGCGGGACUUGCCUUCAGCCUCUACCACACCAUGGCAAAAGAUAAGAAGAUCGACAACAUCCUCCUUUCCCCCGUGGUGGUGGCUUCUUCCCUCGGACUGGUUAACCUGGCCGGCAAAGCCAGCACCGCCGCGCAGGCCAAAGCCGUCCUGAGCGUCGACAAACUGAGCGACGAUCACGUCCACGCCGGGCUGUCGGAGCUCCUCAACGAAGUCAGCAACUCCACCUCGCGUAACGUCACCUGGAAGAUGGGGAACCGGCUGUACGGACCGAGCUCCGUCAGCUUCACCGACGACUUCGUGAAGAACAGCAAGAAGCACUACAACUACGACCACUCCAAGAUCAACUUCAGGGAUAAGAGAAGCGCCCUCAAAUCCAUCAACGAAUGGGCCGCCCAGGCCACCGACGGCAAACUCCCCGAGGUGACCAGCGACGUGGAGAAGACAGACGGCGCUCUCAUCGUCAACGCCAUGUUCUUCAAGCCUCACUGGGAUGAGAAGUUCCACCACAAGAUGGUCGACAACCGCGGCUUCAUGGUGACGCGCUCCUUCACCGUGGCUGUUCCCAUGAUGCACCGCACAGGUCUCUACAAUUACCACGAGGAUGAAACAAACAGCCUCCAGAUUUUGGAGAUGCCCCUGGCGCACAAGCUGUCCAGCAUGAUCUUCAUUAUGCCGUAUCACGUGGAGCCUUUGGAGAGGGUCGAGAAACUUCUGACCAGAGAGCAGGUCAAGACGUGGGUCGGAAAAUUCCAGAAGAAGGCAGUAGCCGUUUCCCUGCCUAAAGUCAACCUGGAAGUCAGCCAUGACCUGCAGAAACACUUGGGUGACCUCGGUCUGACCGAAGCCAUCGACAAGUCCAAGGCCGACCUCUCCAAGAUCUCCGGCAAGAAGGACCUCUACCUGGCCAGCAUGUUCCACGCGGCCGCCCUGGAGUGGGACACCGACGGAAACCCCUUCGACGCCGACAUCUACAGCAGGGAAGAGCUGAGGAGCCCCAAACUCUUCUACGCCGACCACCCCUUCGUCUUCCUCAUCAAGGACAACAAGACGGACUCUAUCCUCUUCAUCGGCCGACUCGUUCGACCAAAGGGGGACAAAAUGCGCGACGAGUUAUAGUAUCUCCUAAAGUAUUUUUUAUGGGGGGGAGGGGGGGUCUGGGUAGCUCUAAAUAUAUUUUUUUCUAAGCGAAGGGUGCUGCGUCGGAGUACAUCUAUCUAUGUGUCGGACGCCUCAAUCUGUCGACGGAACAUUCCAACCACGUAAAA